AGGGUGAAGAGCAUUUAACUUUCAAACGCUGUUGUAGCUGUUUUGUUUUGGCUCAAAAUCUAAAACAAACGGGUCGGUGGUGCCGCGACCAGCGAGUACUGUGUGUGUGAAAACCCUGCCUUCACCAUGAAGCUCGUCAGGUUUCUCAUGAAGUUGAACAACGAAACUGUAUCGAUCGAGCUUAAGAACGGUACAGUUGUUCACGGCACCAUUACAGGUGUUGACAUCAGUAUGAAUACACAUUUGAAAACAGUUAAACUAACUCUGAAAGGGAAAAAUGCAGUUACUUUGGAUCAUCUCAGCGUGAGAGGCAACAACAUUCGUUGUUAUAUCCUUCCUGACAGCUUGAAUCUUGAGACUUUACUGGUUGAAGAGACUCCUAGGAUCAAGCCUAAGAAGCCAACUGCUGGGAAGCCUUUGGGACGAGGACGGGGGAGAGGACGUGGACGCGGGCGUGGUCGUGGUGGUGGCCGAUAAAUUGUGGCAUUUGGUUGUACCUUUACCGUAGGGAAAUUUUCUGAGCAGUUUUAAAGACGUUGUAGUAGUGCGGUUGUUAGCUAAGUAGUUAUGCAGACUCUGUUGAUGUUGUUAUUUUCUUGCAUAAUUGUAGAAGUGCUUUGAAGGUCUAGUGUAUAAUUCCUACCUGCUGACUAAUUGCCUUAUACCUCUCGACCGAAAGAAAGAAACUGCUUAUAGUUUGUAGUUCUAUUUUACGGGACAGGGUGAAAUUAUAGGAAUUACUAAUGAUAGCCUUUAAUGUAGUGAUGGUUGUGUUAA